AUGGCCACGGCCCCAUCGGAGCCCAGCCCGGCUCCCAGCCCGGCUCCAGCCCUGGACCUGCACGCCGUGCCCAUGGUAGCGCUCAACUACGGCGUUCGCCGCCGCCUCGGGCUCUACCUCAACCCGCGGGCGGCCGCGGCCGCGGACUGGACGGCGCUGGCGGAGGCGCUGGGAUGCAGCUUCCUGGAGAUCCGGCGGCUGGAAGGGCUGCCCGACCCCACGGCCACGCUGCUGGACGAGUGGCCGGGACGCUGCCCCGGCCGGGCCACGGUGGGGCAGCUCCUGGAUGUGCUGCGCCGCUUGGGUCGCGAUGAUGUCCUGACAGACCUGGCCGGCAGCGUGGAGGAGGACUGUAAGAAGUACUGGAAGAGGAAGCAGGAAGAGGCCAACCAGCCUCUCCAAGUGCCAGCAGUGGACAGCAGCGUGCCAAAGACGUCGGAGUUGAUGGGCAUCACCAUCAGGGAUGAUCCGUAUGGGAGUGGAACAGAGAUAUUUGAUGCCUUCAUCUGCUACUGUCAGAAAGACCUCCAGUUUGUCCAGGAGAUGAUCAGGGAGCUGGAGCAAACAGAGUUCAAACUGAAGCUCUGUGUAUUUGAUCGGGAUGUCUUGCCAGGAGCCUGUGUGUGGUCCAUCAGUGGAGAACUUAUAGAGAGGAGGUGUCGGAGGAUGGUGGUUGUUGUUUCGGAUGAUUACUUGGAAAGCGAUGAAUGUGAUUUCCAGACCAAAUUUGCUCUUAGUCUUUCCCCAGGUGCUCGUCACAAACGGCUGAUUCCAGUCAAGUACAAAUCCAUGAAAAACGAGUUUCCGAGUAUCUUACGGUUCAUUACCAUUUGUGACUACACCAAUCCUUGCACCAAAAAAUGGUUCUGGACAAGACUGGCAAAAUCCCUCAUGCUGCCCUGAUGCAAUGUCCUGAGAGCUGGCUGCUCUUGUAACCUGUCCUGGCUAUGCCUUUGGACCAGGGGUGUCCUUGACACGGCAUUUUCCACCACUUCAGAACCUGGAUCCUUGCUUGGAGCCUGCGACUGGGAACAAAGAACUCUCUCCAGCACUUCUUCACAACUCAGAGGGGAAAUAAAGCAAUUGUGUGGGUGUUCUGGGCUAAGUCAGUGAGCAGCAGCAUCCAGCAUUUGUGGAGUAAGCACUUUCACUAAAAAUACACAUUUUAAAACUGUCUGAUACAGGAACACUGUGUUGUAAGAAUUAGAAGGACCUCAGAGCCUCAAACUGCAGGUUUUGUCAAUGUUUCAAAGCUACAGUGACAUCGAGGCUUGUGGGAAUUUUACAGUAUUGGACAGGUCUGUCUCUAUUCAGGUCACCUUAUAUCAGCAUUUAAUAUUCCAAGAUAUUACUAAAUUUUUACUCCUCCUUCAGGAGGAAUUCAGUCUUAAAACACAUCUUUUCAGUGACAGUCCUUACUACACAAAGCAGGGGCUGCUGUUGCUCAUUGAC